CAGCUGAGUCCGGUUUGAGGUGGCGGCCGGAAUUCCUUGCGCGCGCAGACCUCGUUCCCUCAGGUUCUGAAGCUGAGAGCUGUCGCUGUAUUCGCGGCUUGGGGCGCUGUGUGGUGUACGUCGUCGCGGCGCUUUGGCUCUGGAACCCGCCUAAGCCACCGUAUCUCACUCAGCUCUUCCCCAAACGCCCCAACUCUGAGCCAUUCCUCGCGCCUCGCGUUCUUUGUGGUCUGCUAGGCUCUGGCGGUAGCGGUUGUUUGCUUGUUCUCUGGCCGCCGUGCGGAUUCGCGAGGCGCUGUUUGACCCUCAGUGUGCCCACCGGGUAUCUCGCUCUGCUCCCUUUGAGUCCUUUCCUAGGUGUCUGCCACCCACUGGCACCUGCUCACCCAUACCUGAGGAGGCACUCGGUCUUAAUUCCACCUUUGCCUUCGUGCUAUCAUCCUGGGCAUCCCCAGUUUGAACAAUACUUAAUACUUCAGGGAUCUAUAUACCUGGUUGCUUUAUGGUCCUUUUAAUGCAGACUCUAAGUACUUUUUUCUAACCACCAAAUUUUAAUUUUCACUUGAAUCUACUUGACAUGGCCAUGACCCUCUCUCUUGCACCAGGGAACCCCUGCUCAACCUCGAACCUGCGAAACUUCUCUGACCCAUUCAGCCAUUGUUGUUUACUUCUCCCACGUGUACGCCCACGCAGUCGCAUAGGCAGCUCUUAUAUAAUUGUCGACCACAUUUAUCUUCCCUUCUCCACCAAAUUCAGGAUUAUUUUCUUGUAUCCACGCACUCCCAGUUCCUGGCAUGUAGCAACCUUCAACAAAUUAAUGUGACUGAAUGUACUUACUGUCACCUCACUCAGUGGAAGAGCCAUUUCUCAGUCUCAACAGGUGUCCAAAAUCCCAUUCUUUCAAUUACUCUAUGUGUGUAUCUUCCCUACCCCGUUCCUCUCAGGUAACAUGUUUUAGCGAAAUAUCCUAAAUUCUCCCUGACUGAUUUCUACCUAGCACCCUUACUCUUUCCUUUACAGUCAAGCUCCCCAAAAGAGUAGUCUGUGAAUUCUGUCCAUUUGUUGAUUUCCUAUUCAUUGUUUACUCCGCAGCAAUCUAGCCCUCAGGCACACCACUCUGACUCAAAUCAUCAAUUAAAAAAUACCAAAUUGAAUGGACUCUUCCCAUUCCUUUUACCACUCAUUCUCUCUGUUGUACCUCUUUCACUCCUUUUAGAAACUUCUCUUCUUCCUAUCUCUCUGGCCAUUUCUCAGUCUUUUCAGGUUCUUUUAACUUUAUUAAUCAUUUAAGUGUUGCUAUUUUUCAGCCUCUGGUCCUUGCCUCUCUUAACUUUUCACAGUACACAAUCCUUGGGUGAGCUUAUUUUGGGUGGCUUCAAUUCACAUCUCCAUAGCUGAGCUCCACACUCCUGUAUUUACUCAAUCUCUGAUUAUUAUUCCUUGAACAUUCUACAGACAAACCUGGUAAACAUAUUCAAAGACUUCAAUCUUCUCUGCUCACUGGUGCCUUCUUCUUUAUACUGUAUCUUGGUGAGUGGCACCCUUGUCCACCUAGAUAGUGAUGUCACGGAGACAUGAAAAUUGUUCCCAAGCCUUCAUUUCCCCUAAUACACUGUCACCAUAUCCUUUUGUUCUAUAUCUCAGAUUUGCUUCCUCCUGUUAAGCCCCCAUUCCACUGCCUUCAUUAAGACCCUCAUCAUGUCUCUUGAGUUCAGCGGCCUUCUGUGGCCAUCCUGGCUGCAUUCUAACCCUCCUCCAAUCCAUUCAUCCUUCACAUCUCUGCCAGGUUCAUCUUCCCAAAGCAUGGCUUUCAUCCUUUCACUUACUUGAUCAAAAAAGUUGGAUAGCUCCCUAUUACAACAGAAUACAGCCCACUUGCCUUUCCAAACUUCUCUUACACGAGCUUUUUCCUGCAGCCAGACUUGAUACAUCUCUUCUGCCUUUUUGCCUGUGCUGGUGCCAUUUCUCACGUCUGUAGUGCUCAUCUUCUUCCUGCUCAGAUAUUCUGAAUCUUUCUCAACCUUUAAGGCCCACCUUAUAUUCUGCUUCUUCCACAAUGAUAAUAGCCAAAUACACCUUGCAGUUUACAAAAUGCAUCUGCCUGAGAGGUCAAUACUACCAGCCCCAUUUUAUGAAUAAAAAUGAGAGAACUGUGGCACUGAAGGUUGAGCAACUUGCCAGAGGCUACAGAGCUGCCAAGAGACAGAGCCUGGGCCUACCUAGUCUUUAGUCUUCUCUUUCCAGAUCUGCUUUUACCUCAGUGACCACUCCCUCUCUGACCUCACAGCAUUAUGGUCUUCAUCAGUUCUUCAGUCCUUGAUUACAUACUGCCUGUGACCAGCAGAAAGAGGGGCCUUGAGAGUGGGGGGGGUGAGGCCUAAGAAGAGAUCACCCCCUAUUUGAAUCAGAUCUGGCCAAUUAAGUGCACAAGAGACGAACUGAGCUAUCCUUGGGAACAUGGUCUAUGAAUGGAGGCACAUGGAACAUGACCCUGAGACUUGACCUCUGAGAGGCCUGCUUCUCUGUGACAUCUCUUCUGAAGUAGAGCAUGGCCUUGUGACAUCUCAGGCAUUUGGGCUCCCCAAGAAGGUCAGGGCCUCAGAAAAUAUCUGUGAAAUGAGCAGAAGGGAAAUGAUGCCAGGCAGCAACCUGGCGAGACAGGGAGUGGAGCUUGCUCGCUCUACACGCUGCUUCACACCUGAGGAUAUCACUGGAAGAGCCCUGGUCCCGGGCACGAGCAUGGGCACCAAUACGGGCAUGAAGUUUAUGUGGCUGCCGCUAGUUGACCGGAAACACAGGAGUGGUCAGAUGGAAGCCCUGGUACAGACCUGCUCGGUGUGCUGACAGGACCUGCACGAUGUGGGGGCCCGGUUCCUACCCUGCCAGCAUUUGCUCUGUAAAGGCUGCUUCCAGGGCUUGAUCCAGGAGCUGAGGCAGGUGACCAAGGUUCUUGGGACUGUCCCAGAUGAGCUCAUCUCCUGUCCUGGGUGUAAGCGAGUAUACCUUACCAGGGAUGUAACUGAACAUUUUUUCCUGCAGUGCGUUUCUACUGGGCAAUCCAAGAUGGCCAGGAACUGCUCCGAAUGCAAGGAGAAGAGGGCGGCGCACAUCCUGUGCACCUACUGCAACCGCUGGCUGUGCAGCUCGUGCACCGAGGAGCACCGGCACGGCCCUGCGCCCGGGGGCCCGCUCUUUCCCCGGGCCCACAAGGGACCACCAGGAGUGAGUGGCGGUUCUGGGGACUUCGCCUUGUACUGUCCUCUCCACACACAGGAAGUGCUCAAGCUAUUCUGUGAGACCUGCGAUGUGCUCACGUGCCAUAGCUGCCUCAUGGUGGAACACAAAGAACACAGAUGUAGACAUCUUGAAGAAGUUUUGCAAAACCAGAGGAUGCUUCUAGAAAGUGUGACUACACAGGUGGCUCAUAAGAAAUCCAGUCUACAGACAUCUGCAAAACAAAUUGAGGACAGGAUUUUUGAGGUGAAGCAUCAGCACAGAAAGGUGGAAAACCAGAUCAAAAUGGCCAAGAUGGUUCUGAUGAAUGAGCUGAACAAACAGGCCAAUGGGCUCAUAGAGGAGUUGGAGGGCAUUACUAAUGAGAGAAAGCGGAAGCUGGAACAGCAGUUACAGAACAUCAUGGUCCUCAACCGUCAGUUUGAGCAUGUGCAGAAUUUCAUCAACUGGGCUGUCUGCAGCAAAACCAGUGUCCCUUUCCUAUUCAGCAAAGAGCUGAUUGUGUUUCAGAUGCAACGAUUGCUAGAGACAAACUGUAACACAGAUCCGGGCUCCCCUUGGAGUAUCAGAUUCACCUGGGAGCCUAACUUCUGGACCAAGCAGCUGGCUUCCCUUGGCUGUAUAACUACUGAAGGUGGACAGCUGUCCCGGGCAGAUACUCCUGCUUAUGGAGGCUUGCAGGGACCGUCAUCCUUUUAUCAAAGCCACCCGUCCCCAGUGGCUCAGCAAGAGACUCUCAGCCACCCCUCACACAAGUUCCAGUCUCCAGCCCUGUGUUCCUCCUCUGUGUGCUGCUCCCACUGCUCCCCAGCCUCACCCUCCCUCAAAGGCCAGGUCCCCCCACCCAGCAUACACACAGCCCACAGCUUUAGGCAGCCCUCUGAGAUGGCCCCCCAACACCUGGGGUCUCUGCAGUGCUCUACCCUGCCGCCCAGGGAGAAGGAGCUGGCUUGCCAUCCUCAGCCCCCAAAGCUGAUGCAGCCCUGGCUGGAAACCCAGCCCCCUGUGGAGCAGGAGAACACAUCCCAGCGGCUGGCGCCACAGCUGACUUCCCAGCCGGUAUGCAUCGUGCCCCCGCAGGACGUUCAGCAAGGAGCCCAUGCCCAGCCUACCUUGCAGACCCCCUCUAUCCAAGUCCAGUUUGGCCACCACCAGAAGCUGAAGCUCAGCCACUUUCAGCAGCAGCCGCCUCAGCAGCUGCCCCCUCUGCCCCCUCCACCGCUUCCACCCCAGCAGCCGCCGCCUCCCAUACCUCCGUCCCAGCAUCUGGCCUCUAGUCAGCAUGGGAGCCCUCCUGGGCCUGCCUGUUCCCAGAAUGUGGAUAUAAUGCACCACAAAUUUGAGCUGGAAGAGAUGCAGAAGGACCUGGAGCUUCUCCUUCAGGCUCAACAGCCCAGCCUACAACUGAACCAGACCAAAUCUCCUCAGCAUCUUCAGCAAACCAUUGUGGGGCAGAUCAACUACAUUGUGAGGCAGCCAGCGCCUGUCCAGUCCCAGAGCCAAGAGGAUGCUGUGCAGGCUUCAGAUGAGCCUUCAGCGUCUGAAGGUCCAAAGCCGGCUCUCCCUCUUGACAAGAAUACUGCUGCUAACUUGCCCCAGGCGCCUGGGGAGGAAACCCCUCCCAGUGUCCCUCCACUGGACGGCACCAUCCAGCACUCCUCUCCAAAUGUGGUGAGAAAGCACUCCACUUCAGUGAGCAUCAUGGGCUUCUCCAACACAUUGGAGAUGGAGCUGUCAUCUACCAGGCUGGCAAGGACCCUAGAGCCACAGAUCCAGAGUGUGAGCAGCCUGACCGCUGCCCCUUCCCACAUGGUCCCAAGCCUGCUGAGCAGCACACCCGCAACUGUGUCCGGCCUGACGAGUGGUCAAAACCAGGCUAUGCCCAGCCUGACAGUCAGUCAUCUGCAGACUGUACCCAGCCUUGUACGCAGCACGCCCCAGUCUGUGCCUGGUCUGAUGAAUGAUUCCUCCCAGGCCAUCACAAGCCUAGCAAGUGAUCACUCACAGGCCAGGCCCAACCCAAUGUCUGGUGCCUCCCAGACUACGCCAAGUCUGGCAACUUGUCCUCUGCAGAGCAUGCCUCCAGCUUCUGACAUGCAACCGGAAACCGGGUCCAGCUGCAGUCCUGGCUCUGGCCAAACUGGAGGGAGCCUGUGCCCUGCAGAUGGGGCUGAGCCCUCCCUUGGGAAUGCCCUGUGUAAGAUGGAGAGUGAGGAUUCUACUUGCUUCACUGACUCUCUGGGACAAGACUCUACAACCCCGGGUCUGGAGGUUUCCAAGGAUUUGGCUAUGCCUUCAGAACUGGAGGAGCCAAUUAACCUCUCUGUGAAGAAACCUCCACUGGUCCCAGCAGUCAAUACAUCCAUGGCUCUACAGCAAUACCGGAACCCAAAAGAGCAUGAGAAUUUUGAACAAGGAGCUGUGGAGAUGGAUGCAAAAGAGAAUCAGAGUAUCAGGCCCUUCCACAGCGAGCCUAAGAUUCCCUACGUGCGGCUGGAGCGACUCAAGAUCUGUGCUGCCUCCUCGGGAGAGAUGCCGGUGUUCAAGUUGAAGCCCCAAAAGAAUGAGCAGGAUGGGAGCUUCCUGCUGAUCAUCGAGUGUGGCACUGAGUCCUCCAGCAUGUCCAUUAAGGUCAGCCAGAACAACAUGCCUGAUGCCAUCCAGGCCCCAAGUCUUGGGGGAAGAAAGGUCACUGUCACUUCUCUGGCUGGGCAGCAGGCACCAGAGGGGGAGGGUGUAUCUCCUGAGGAACAAAGACUCAUUCCUCGGAACCCUGGAGCCAAGAAGGGGCCCCCAGUACCCAUGGAGAACGAGGAUUUCUGCGCCGUGUGCCUCAACGGGGGGGAGUUGCUGUGCUGUGACCGCUGCCCCAAAGUGUUCCACCUCUCCUGCCACCUGCCAGCCUUGCUUGGCUUCCCGGGGGGAGACUGGGUGUGUACUUUGUGCCGCAGCCUGACCCAGCCAGAGAUGGAGUAUGACUGUGAGAAUGCCCGCUAUUACCCACCUGGAAUGCGGGCCACUCCUGGCCUGAGUGUCUAUGACCAAAAGAAGUGUGAAAAGCUGGUGCUGUCCUUGUGCUGCAAUAGCCUCAGCCUGCCCUUCCACGAGCCCGUUAGCCCGCUGGCCCGGCAUUACUACCAGAUUAUCAAGAGGCCCAUGGACCUGUCGAUCAUCCGGAGGAAGCUGCAAAAGAAGGACCCAGCUCACUAUACCACCCCAGAGGAGGUGGUAUCAGACGUCCGCCUCAUGUUCUGGAACUGUGCGAAGUUCAAUUAUCCUGACUCAGAAGUCGCAGAGGCCGGCCGCUGCCUGGAAGUGUUCUUUGAGGGCUGGUUGAAGGAGAUCUACCCGGAGAAACAGUUUGCCCAGCCAAGACAGGAGGACUCAGACUCCGAGGAGGUGUCUAGCGAGAGUGGGUAUUCCACUCCCCAGGGCUUCCCAUGGCCCCCCUAUGUGCAGGAGGGCAUCCAGCCCAAGAGGCGGCGGCGGCACAUGGAGAACGAAAAAGCAAAACGCAUGUCCUUCCGCCUGGCCAGCAGCGUCUCCCAGGUGUGAGAGCUGGCAGCAGAGCAAGCAGCCUGGCAGCUGCCACCCCGUCCUGUCGACCACUGUCCCCACCUUUCAGCUCAUUCUCUUCAGACCGUGGAUGUGAGACGAGUCUUGUCGAGCCAUGGACUGCUCUUCUUUGCCGUUUGCAUCUUACAGCAUUCAUUUGGGAGCCAUCGUGCAUCCACUACAGAGAAGAUUCCAGUAAUAAACAGCAAAGAGGGAGGUGUUCCCAAUUCCCAGACAAAUCAGAUGUGUAGGGUCCACUGGACAAGACCGCGUCGGUCAGGCUCGGGAGGACCUGACCUCCUUGGUGACCUCCCUCUGCUGAGGAAAGCAGACUUUUCUCACCUUUCAGUGUGCAGGGCUCUGGAGCAGUGUAUAUAUCUGAAGUCCUCCUGGGCCCUGAGGGGUAGGGGAGAGAAGGGAGAGAGGUUCUGACGUAUAGCAGGCCUGUGAUCGCUGGCCCAGCACAGCCAAAGACUGUCACUGUUUGCCUUUGCUUGGCCUGCUGGGACAGGAUGCUGCCCUGUGCAGGGUAAUGGAGGCUUCUAGAGGCCAGAGGUCUCAAUUGGUGCCUAUUUGGGUUCUAACGGUUUUCAGGGUAUUUGUUCCUCAUGCCCCCUCUCCCGAUGUUGACUUAGGUGGCCGCUGUGCUCUAGGUGGUAUGGCCUUCUUGAUGGGGCUGGGUAGCUGUGCAGGGACUGCUGAUGACUUCAGGCUCAGAUUUCACUGGCAGGCUUAAGGAGAUGUCAACUGCAGAGCCUGUCCUCUGUGUCACUGACUUUGGGUUCAUAGCUUUUCUUCGGUGUCAGAACCUGCUUUCCUGGGAGUGAUUGUCAGUGGCCAUCUCUUCAGUGUCUCCACUCAGGUCCGGACCCUGAGUUCUGCCUUGGAAACCUGAGAGGCAGGGGCUGGCCAAGGAGGCGGCCACCAGAACAGCUCACCCUGCUGGGCUUCUCCUCCUUCUUAGACAUCCUAGCCCUCAGCUUCUCCACUUUCACAGAGCCAAAGAUCAGGAGCGAGUGCUCUGACUCGCCUGCCCCUGGGCUCCCCACAGCCCAGAAAAAGCCAAGACACUAGUGGCCACCCUUUUCUGAUGGAGGCUGGAGAAGGCCAGAGGGUGAGCCAGGAGCCCGAUCUAACUGCUCCUGGGGGAAUGUUGUGUCUAGGAUGGAGAAGGGAAAAACUUGAGAGGUGAGGAGCCAGAGUCCUUCAGUGACCUUGAAGCAACUUCAGGAUGUCACUUCUCCAAGAAUGCAGAGGGAAGUGUUCUGGAAGCCGCAGGCACAGGAAUUCCAGACUGCAUCUCAGGCGGAGAGGGAUCUUCAUGGCCUGUGACGGGUGUUUGGCAGGAGGAGGCAUAGGCAGCUGCGGCGAAUCAGGCUAUUUCCCCAGCGAGGACUUGGUGGAGAAGGAAGCUACUGCUGAUGAUGCUGGGGGAGAUGAGAGCGGACGCGCCCAUGGCCUGGCCUGCAGACGCAGCUGUCUCUGGUCUGGUCACGGUGUGACUAAUUUCAAGGGAGUCUUAGGUCAUGGCUUUAUUUUUGCUAAGAGAUGAAGUUCUUGUGUGUAGGGCCUUUGUCAAUGGGAACAUUCUGCUCAGAGAAAACAUUUCUUCUCUCCUUGUCAGUUGGUGUUACUGCUCAUUUCCUUCACCCCGCAGGCUGAGAGGCCAUCUUGGCUUCAGAAACAAUCGCGCCCUUGGCCUGCCAUUCUUUCACCAGCCCUUGCCAGGCUCUCCUCCACAAUUGGGCUUCCAUAGUCCUGUUUCCUAGUCGGGAGUAACUAAGUCUUUAAUGCUCCAGUAGCCAGGCAAUCUUUAGGUCUAGCCCUCUGCUCUUUGGGGCACACAUGACUCUGGCUUGGGUUUUAGCCACUUGCCUUUCAAUAUUUGAAUCUUUUUUUCCCUGUUGAGUUGACUUGGCAAGGUUCCCUCUGUAAUUACCUCACUAAUUCAUGCUCUUGGUCAUCUUUCCUUUGUUGUGGCCCCCACCCCCACCUUCCCUGAGUGAGCAUUGUGGUGUUGUGUGUCAGACAGUCAGGUAAGGCCUGCGACAGGCUCAAAAUCUGAUUGGGAUCCUUCUACAGGACCAACUGGAGGCCACAAAUAAGAAGAAAUGCCUGGCUAACUGCUUGGCUUCCCUCCUAUGACAUAUAGUGUGCUGGGCCAGAGAUCUUAGUAAUGUAGUAGAGAGUCACAUAUUCCUUUCCCAUCGCAGAGACCCUGCCUGCUGAGAGGCCCACUUCAGCACCUGAGCAGACAGAGAGUGUCCUUCCCUGCAAGGGUGCGAGGCCCUGCCCCACCACACCACCCCUGCACUGGUUACCCCACCACACCCCUGCCUCUCCCCAGGCUUUUCCUGUGGACUUAGCACCAAUGUUUUAUGCCAUGGUUUGGUUUUAUUUUUGCAUGCAGAAAACAGAACAUGGGUUUUUAGAAAUUAAAAGAAAAAGCUGCUAGCCGAGUGACUGACUUCGGUGGCUCUUAACUAACGUCUGAGCUGAUCCUACUUUUUUUUUUUUUUUUUUUUUUUUUUGAGCUGAUCCUACUUUUGACUUACUCCCAUAAUGGCCCCCUUUGAAGUCAGUCAGAUCCUUUGGCCCUUGACUAAGUCAUGAAAUGGCAGUGAGUUCUGGGUCCUCCCAUUAUAGAAUGCAAGUCUGAGAAGAGAAAUGGGGCUCCUUGGAUAUACUGAGAAAUAGGGCAGAGUGGCUUCAGUGGAUGCAAAGGGGAUUUUAGUGCAAAAAUUGUUGCAGGAUGAA